ACCAUGGAGCUGGAGGCUGAUGCAGCUACAAUACUGUCUGAGUGGAAGAUCCACGACUGCGCGUUCGAGGAGGACCAGGACUCCGUGCAGUCCAGGUCACCGGGGUUCUCGCUGGACUCCGUGUGCUCCUCGCCGGAGACGUGCGACUCCGGGCACCAGGAGGUCGGCGGCUUCCCGUUCGGCCUCGCGGCGCAACGGGCGGCCCCGAGGGCGCCGCGGCACAACAAGCCCAAGAUGUCCACGAAAAGACGCGUGAAGGCCAGCGAGAGGGAGAAGAUGCGCAUGAGGAGCCUCGCGGAGGCGCUCCACCAGCUGCGCGACUACCUGCCGCCGGACUACAGCAAGCGAGGCCAGCCCCUGACCAAGAUACAGACCCUCAAAUACACCAUCGAGUACAUCAACAAGCUCUCGGACCUCCUGAGCCGUGCGUAACGGCGCGCCACGGACCACGCGCACGCGGCGUUUAUCCUCACCUGGAUUGAUUUGGCUCUGAUGAGUCGUGCAGCGUCUUUUUAUAACUUUAUCAUGACGUUUUAUUUUGCCCUUUUUUAUGGUGUAAAUAUUCUUUAAUGGGCACUUGACAAAUACGUUUGUAUAUGAGGCUGCCUCACAUGGAUAUUUUAACAGUGUUGUUAAACUGAGUUUGCUGUUUGUGUAGAUAGGAUAUUUAUGGAUUACAGCUCUUCUGCUUUUGUGUGUUUGUGUUCUUAGAUUUUUGGAAAUCUUCGUAGAUACUAGUUACUAUUAAAGUUAAAUGAGCUGCGUUUUAUUUCAAAAUCAGUUUAAUCUUUGUUGUUGUAAAUGACGAGCUAAGUUCUGUUUGUUGACAUGAAAUGACGUUAAUGUUAAGCACGGCGUGUGCUUAUUCUGACAAACGUGUGUUUUCUUUUCCGACACCUACAAUAAAUGUGUGUUUUAUUCUGA